CGUUGCGAAUCUACCACAUCCCAUCCGGCGCAACCAGCUACCUCGACGACCGCCCCCGAAACCCGUCUCGAUCGCGACCAAGUACCUGCCUAUGAGCUCACGUUCACUUGCAAGCAAUGCAGUACUAGAUCGUCACAUCGCGUUUCCAAGCAAGGAUACCACCAUGGGACUGUGUUGAUCAGCUGCCCCGGUUGCAAGAACAGGCAUCUGAUCAGCGACCACAUGAAAAUAUUCUCCGACAAGCCUCUUACCAUCGAGGAUCUCAUGCGAGAAAAGGGACAACUGGUGAAGAGGGGGUCAUUGAGUGCUGAGGGCGAUGUGGAGUUCUGGGAUGAUGGGACUACAACUGGCCGC